CGUAGAUUAUGUGAGCAAAUAUGUUUUAUUUAAUUUUAAAAAACAAUUAUGUAUCAUAGAUUGCUUCAAUACUGUGUAAUUUUCACAAAUUAAAUUUUAUUAACUAAAUAAUUUGAUACCACUAAGUAUAACAUAAAAUUAGUUAAUAUUGAACACUUAACUAUUAUUAUUAUUUUCUUCAUCUUGGCAUUAAUCGCAUGUAUCAUGUAUUACAUACAAAACGAAUAUAUCAAAUACGAGUCAAGAUUUUAUUAAGCAAACUAGCUCGCAACUCGACUCAUUAACGAGCCAAGCUCAAACUCGAUUCAUUUGUUAACGAGCCGAGCUCAAACUGAGAAAAACUCGACUCGACUCGGCUCAUUUGCGGCCAUACUUGGAGUCAGUGAAGCAGGCUCUCAUAUACGGCCCUGUACCGUGUCUAAAUCUAAAUGCUUGUAAAUGAGAACAGUCUAAAUUAAAGGAUGUUAUUGUAGUUAAAUUGAAGUCUAGGUACUAAAGAGUAAUACGUUCUUUGCACAUAUAUUUUCCUUUCGCUCGUUACCGAAGAGUGUUCAUCGCGUAUUUGUUUUUGCAUAUAGCGAGGGAAGGAGUUCAGAUCUAGGAGAAAGGAAAGCAAUGGCGACGGCACCCGAUCACCUCUUCGUUCUGCGCAACAAUUUCUACUUGGGAGCCUUCCAGGCUGCAAUCAACAACAGCGACCUUCCGAAUCUCUCCCCGGAGGAUGCCAUCGAGCGAGACUGCCUCGUCCACCGCUCUUACAUCGCUCUUGGAAGCUAUCAGCUUGUGAUCAGCGAGAUCGAUGAGAGCGCAGCCACUCCUCUCCAGGCCGUCAAAUUGCUCGCCUUGUAUCUUUCCAGCCCUGAGAACAAGCAAUCUGUAAUUUCAAGCUUGAAAGAGUGGCUGGCUGAUUCGGCUAUAGGAAGCAAUGCCAUUUUAAGGCUGAUUGCUGGAAUCAUAUUCAUGAAUGAAGAGGACUAUAAUGAGGGUUUGAAGCACACACAUGCUGGAGGCACCAUGGAACUGCAUGCAUUGAAUGUGCAAAUAUUCAUCAAGAUGCACAGAACAGAUUUUGCUGAGAGGCAGCUGAGAGUCAUGCAACAGAUUGAUGAGGACCAUACCCUUACUCAACUCGCAAAUGCCUGGCUGAAUUUGGCAGUUGGUGGUUCAAAGAUACAAGAAGCACUACUCAUAUUUCAAGAUUUCUCUGAGAAAUAUCCCAUGACUGGUUUGAUAUUGAAUGGGAAGGCUGUUUGUUGCAUGCACAUGGGCAACUUUGAAGAAGCAGAGGCAUUGCUUCUUGAAGCACUAAACAAGGAUGCAAAGGACCCAGAAACCUUAGCAAACUUGGUUGUAUGCAGUCUUCAUCUUGGCAAACCAUCUUCGCGUUAUAUCAACCAAUUGAAGAUUGCACAUCCAGAGCAUUUGCUCAUUAAGCGUGUAUCAACUGCAGAAGAUAGCUUCGAAAGAGCAGUUCAAUCAGUUGCAUGAGUUUCGAGGUGAAGAAGUGUCCUAAGAGCCAAGCCAUUCUUCUGCUUUUUGGAAAGUGUCCUUAUUUUUGGGGGGUUUGUAACAUAACGCAGACCGGAAUGUGCUUUACCAAUCGACUUAUAUUUUCGUCAUAUACCGAUGAUUGCUUGCAGUCUCGAUUACAUGUGUUCAACAUUUGAAAUAUCAGUAGUUCUCCACAUUCCUGCAUGAUUCUUUCAGUGCUUGGCUUGUAUCUCACAUUGUUAAUGUCCAUGCUCUUAGACAUGAUAAUGUCCAAUAACUAGUGAUUGGCAAUUUCUGAGUUUUCAUGCUCAGGAACUGGUGAUGUAUUAUGCAAGGUCAUCAGCAGGUAUUGAAUUUCGGAAACUUUUAGUCGAUCAUAACGAAAAUUUAUCCAGGAAAUAAGAAAAACCCCCCAAAUUGUGGGAAUAAGGAAAGCACCCAGCCACCAACAACUAAGACCUAAAUGCCACUCAACUGCAGCAGUACCAUCAAGUUCUUGUCGUCUCACAAGAACAAGCAAGAUGAACAAACCGAUGACAGUAAAAACUCAUGCGUGAAAUACAAUUGUAAUGUAAGG